AUGUCGGAUGCAACUGAAAGUGAUAUAGAAGAACUACCUACAGAUGGCGAGGAGUCAUUUUCGAGCGAAAAUUUGGAAGAGGAGAGUAGUUAUGGCCUAGAGGAGGAAGACGAAGAGGAACUUCAAGAGGUUUUGCUCUCAGAAGAUUUUAUCUCUACGCCCUAUCUAAGUGAAAACAGCACAGUCCCUGAAAAUAUAGUAGAGUUCAAUCAUUCAUUUGGAUAUGAAUGUAAAAAGUACUUCAAUUUAUGUGCUGUUGACUAUAAAACACUACUGUUUGCCUCAGGAAAUAUUUUACAUUUUUAUGAUGUUGAGGCAAAGUUGCUGUGGUUUCGACGUAGUUCACAGGGUGGUGGGAUUGGGCAUAUAACAAAAAGCCCAUGUAACCCACAUUUUGCUGUUGGUGAGAAAGGAAUUAACCCUGACAUCAUAAUAUAUGAGUGGCCAACAAUGGAUAUAGUUGCAGCACUUAGAGGUGGCACAACUAGGAGUUACACAUGUUUGAAUUACAGUCCAGAUGGUGAAUAUCUUUGUUCACAAGGUGGUGAACCUGACUAUUUCUUAACGGUUUGGAACUGGAGGAAGUCAAGAAUUUUAAGGCAACAGAGAGCUUAUGUACAAGAUGUUGUAAAUGUUAUGUUUUCUCAAUAUCUGACUGGACGUCUCACAACAGGAGGUGCUGGUCACAUAAAAUUUUGGAAAAUGGCGAAGACUUUCACAGGCCUCAAGUUAAUGGGUGUUUUAGGAAGAUUUGGCAAAACAGAGAUCUCUGACAUUAUUGGAUUCUAUCCUCUGCCAGAUGAGCAGGUGAUCUCUGGUUGUCAAUGGGGAAAUAUGUUGCUGUGGAAUGAAGGUCUUAUUAAACUGGAAGUAGUUGGCAUGGGAAAUAAUAAAUGUCAUAAAGGUCCAAUAACACAAAUGUUUCUAGAUGGGAAAGAGUUGGUGACAGUUGGUAGAGACGGCAUUAUAAACACGUGGUAUUAUGAGAUCAUUGACAAAGCAGAUCCUACAGAGGAAGAAUUCAAACUAGAAAUGAAACCGUAUUACUCUUUUGAAAUUGGAUCUGGUCCGAGAAAAUCAGAUUUGAUAUUUAUAGUUAAGCAGUUCCCUGAGGAUCCAGAAAGUACAUAUUGGUUUGCACAGGAUGCAAAUGGCAGGAUCUGGAGAAUUGAUCUGCAGCGUGUUGGCUGUAAAGCACCUCAAGAAAUUUUCCUUUCUCAUGCAGGUGCUGUUGUUGAUAUGGCAACUUCUCCUGUUGGGCCAUAUAUUGCUACAUUGGGGUCUGAUGGCCGACUGUUUGUGAACAACUACUUAAGAAAGAAACUAGUUCUGUGGAAACAGUUUGAAAUUCCGGGUAGUUGUCUGUUAUGGGUCCCAUUAUCUUUGGAUAGAACAGGAAGCAUUCUUAUUGUUGGCAUGUCUGAUGGUGUUUUACGUAUUGUUGUUGUAUCUGCACAAGAGUAUGAGAUGUAUGGUGGAGAGAAUCAGGAUGCAUAUGUAAAUCUAAUUGAAACAACCAAGCCCCACUCAAAAACAAUAACAAAAAUAACUAUCAACAAGAAAGGAAAUUUAAUAGUUACAGGAAGUGAAGAUGCAACUGUGUUUGUCUAUCAGAUUCAGCGUAGAAGAGAUGUUGUGGCUUUAAAUCCUAUUGGUUUUGUACCAACACCAGGUGGUGUUUCAUAUUUAGGUUGGAAAGAAAAUGAGGCCUCAACUUUAAUGGUUGGCUGUAGCACUGGGCACUAUAUGGAAAUGAUAUUACCUGAAAGACCUGUCUUUUACACAAAGAAAACUUUCAGAUUGAGAGUUGAAUCAAGAGUUUUACAGUUCAAGUCUGUGAAAUCAAUGAUUCGAAGAGAGAUUAAAAUCAAAGAAAUAGAAGCUAAGAAAGAAAAGAAGCUUGAGAAAAAAAGAGAAGAGCUAAGAAAGAUGAGGGAGGAAAACCCACAUCUAGAUAUUGAUGAGGAAACAUUUUUUGAGGAUUCAGAGUCAGAAGAAAAAUUAGAGCCUCUGUACUUCCCAGAAGUACCAAACUCUGUACUGUUUGCUGUGUAUGUUGCACCAGAUAUAAUUUGGUUAUCUAUGGGAGGUUAUGAUGCAGGCUAUUUGUAUGAAUAUAAAUUUGGUGAAGAAGAUCCUGUGUGUUCCACUAUGAUAGCUGAUGCAGAUGAUAUUGAAAUAAACUAUUUUUUGUACAGCCCUGACAACCAAUAUGUCAUACUUGGCAUGCAAGAUGGAAAAAUUCGCAUUAACCGUGUUAAACCAAACUAUCGUGAUAUGACAGAUUACUGGCUAUUAUCAAUGCAUGAUAAUGAUAAUGGAGUUAUCACACGUCUCUGCUUCAGUAAUGAUCUUUCAUACAUGUUUUCUUGUGGCUAUGAUGGAAAUACAUAUAUGUACAAUUUCAAUCUAGAAAUUCCAAUGGAUGUUGCCACAGAUAUAAAAUAUAUCAUGCGAAUGGGAGCUCCAAAAGACAUAGUGGAAGACAUAAUUGGUGAAGAAUGCUCUAGUCUUGAAGAAACAAAACUUCAAGCCGAGUAUGACAGAAAAAUGGAAGUUGCAAAUCAAAGAAAACAAGGAGUUUUGGAUUUACUCAAAAGUUACCAACAAACAUUUGAGUUACUACUGAAGAGAAAUCAGCAACUUCCUGAAUCUCAAGUUAUUCCACAUGACGAAUUUGAGAUCGAUAAAAGGAUUAGAAAAGAUAUGGAAGCAGAGCUGGAUAGCUACUUUCAGAUGAUGCAUCGUAAAAUAGAUUUUAUAGUGGAGAAAAGUACUCUGGGCCUUCAUAAAGUUCAAGAUUAUUUCUUAAAUAGCUUGGAUUCUCAAAUUAUUACUGUUUUGUCCUUGAAUAAUACUUACAAGGCGUCUACAUUUCGACAUAGGAAACUAGAUGAGUUAUUUUUAGCAGCAAAAGAAGUUGUCAGAGAAAAACUUCAGGAAAUGAGCAGAUUAAUGAGGGAUGACUUCAAACCACCAACAAAAGAAGUAGAAGAGGAAUUAGAAAGGAGAAAAGAAUUCUCUGUUCUGUCUAUUCUAAAAGGCUUGAAUACUGAAUCACCAGAAUUUAAACAAAAUCUAAGACUGAAGAAGCUUGUACAGAAAUAUUAUGAACAGAAGAAUAAAGUUGAAAGAAGGCAAGAUGAGUGGAUACUACAUAACAAGAAGAAACCAGAUCCUACACAGAAUCAUCCAGAUGAUGUUGCAGCUAUUGAGAUUGCUGAACAAACAAUCGGCGAUUUUAAAUUAAAAAGUGCUGUUGAUUACAUUGUACCAAAGCAUUUGAGGGUGACUACUGUGAAAAAGUAUGAUGAGCUACUUUCAUGCAGGGAAAAGCUUUAUUAUAUCAAGAAAGAUUACAAUGACAAAUUGUAUGGACUAAGGAACAACAAAGUGGAGCUUAUCAACAGAAUUAAGCAUUUGCACAAAUAUAUUAAGGACAUACAUACAGAAAUUCCUGAUGAUAUGAUUAAAUUCCCACCACCUGUUCCAGCUCUCCAUGAAGAUAUAGAAUUUCCUGAAAGAGAGUUUGAGUUGAAAGAAGGAGAGUCUGAAACCCAUACUGUACCCCAAGAAACACAAGUUGUUGAUGAAGUAAAUGCAACAUCCACUACAAACGAAGUACUAGAUGUCACCUUUGAAAUACUGUUAACUGAAGAUAAUGAAGCUGCAAGAACUGAAUCAAGCAGUUCAUCUCUAGCAAAUUUAAUGUCACGUUGUUACACAAUGAGUACACAAUAUGACAUCGCAAAGGUGACAGAGUUACAGGAUGAUGACAAACAGUCAACUUCUGUGGAAGAGGAAUUCAAGUCUUUCAGAGAAUCCAGGAAGGUUUUUGAGCAAGAUCAAAUAAUUAAAGGCAUUUAUGAUUCCUUAAAUGAAUUUGAUGAAUCUGUCAGAAAACUACAAGAAGAAAAGAUAAAUGUGGAAGUUGAUGCAAAAUUGAUGGAGUUGCAUGUAUUAACUCUGCACCAUGAGUUAAUAAUAAUAAAAAAAUUUGAAGCUACAGAAGAUGCCCUUUCAAACAAGGUUUCAGCGAAGCAUGCAGAAAAUAUUGAAGCUCAAAAUAAAAUACAACAGCUACAAACAAAUAUUGAUUUUCGGAAGAAGGAGAUCGAUAACUUAAUGGAAAAAGAGGCUCAAUUGUUGUCCACUCUCAAUGAGGCACUAGUUGAUGAACCAUUUGCAGAUUUCCUUAGAAAGAUAUACAAGAAGAAAUACAAAGCACCAAAGGUCAAAGAAGAUGAUGAAUCUGAUGAAGAGUCAUCAACUUCAGAAGAAAGCUCUGAAGAUGAGGAUGAAGACCUCGGAAGUAUAGAAUCAGGAGAAAUAGGACCUAUAAAACUUGAUGAAACAAUUUGUCCUGAAGGAUGUAACAGAAAUAAUUAUGACCUGGCAUUUCAGCUUCGUGCAAAGAGAUAUGCAAUUGAGCAAGAUGUAGCAGAAGAAAAGAAGAUGAUUGAGCUCUUAAGAAAAGAGACUGAAUCUAGUCAGAAGAAAUUGAAGGCCGAUGAAGCCAUGUUGAAGGAAGUCCAAAUAGAGCUGGAGAAGUUUCAGCGUGAGAAACAAAGAAGACUGAAUGAAGUGGAGGCUACAGUGAUCCUUCGACUAAACCAGUUGCAGUAUUUCAAUGAUUUGAGAGCUCCAUUCCAAAAGCUUGAUGAUAAAUUGCUAUUCCUGAAUUUAACAUUAAAAAAGCUCUAUAACCGUGUUGGAGAACUACGAAUGGAGACUCUUGAGCAAAAGGAAAGGCACAGGAAGGAUAAGGAACAUCACAAGCGAAUGUCGUCUGACUGCCGGCAAAUGGCGCUUGAUGCUGAAUCGCUAAAAAUCGAGAUAGGGGAAGCAAUGCUACAGAAAUUUGGGCGGAAACUGAACUUAAAGCAUUUAGCGGAAGCAAUUCUUAAGAAGCAUAUUUCGGAGAUGCGAUCCUCUGUGAACAAAUUAAGGCAAGAGUACGACAGAAAAGUUUUUAAAAUGCAGACUGAAGUGCAAGAGAGACUGGAAGCUCUGUCUCGAAUUAUUCAACAGAAUACUGAAAAGAAAAAUCUACUGAUCGUGUUGGAAGCAGAGAAAACUAAACUAUGGAAACUCUUAAAUAAACAAAAGACGAAGCAGGGCGGAUUAACUGCGGCGAAGUUAACAAAAUAUUCAAAAGACUGUGACGUAUUAAACGAUGUGUUAAGAACUCAAGAAUUGGAAAUGGAGGCUCUGCGGAAAGAAAUGAGAAUGUUGUCUUUCAAAUCUGAGCCGCUGCCGCCCAUUUCACCUUCGCCUAUUACCGCAUAUCCUGUUCAGACAGUUACUGACAUUACUCAAAAACCAAAUAGUAAUUUAAAUGAUGAAGUCAAUCAGUGA